AUGCAGCUGGCGGCGGGUCGCGCGCAGGCGGCUCGCGGCCGCUCCGUCGCUGCUGCGGCGGGGCCGGGCGACGACGCGGUCGACUGCGACGUCGUCGUGGUCGGCGCGGGCGUCGCGGGGCUCGCGUGCGCGCUGAAGCUCGCAGGCAGCGGGAAGAGCGUGCAGGUGCUCGAGGCGUCCGACGGGGUCGGGGGGCGCGUCAGGACGGACGAGGUCGACGGGUUCCUGCUUGAUCGAGGAUUCGCAAUCUUCCUGAGCUCGUACCCGGAGGCGAAGAAGCUCCUCGACUACGACGCCCUGGGUCUGAAGCAGUUCUACGCGGGCGCGCUGGUGCGCUUCGACGGUGCGUUCCACCGCGUCGCCGACCCCUUCCGCCACCCCCUGGACACGCCGGGCACGCUCACGAACCCCAUCGGCUCGGUCUUCGACAAGGUCCUCGUGGGGCUGGUCAGGUUCCGCGCGAUGGCGAUGGGCGCGGACGACUGGGUGACGAUGGAGGAGCAGGCCAUCGCGAAGGAGCUGCCUUCGCUCGGGUUCAGUCAAAGCAUGGUCUCGCGCUUCUUCCGCCCCUUCCUAGGCGGCAUCUUCUUCGACCGCAACCUCGGGACCACCUCGCGGAUGUUCUGGUUCGUCAUGAAGAUGCUCGCCACCGGCUCGAACUGCCUCCCGACGCGCGGCAUCGGCGCGGUGUCCGACCAGCUCGCGGGGAAGCUGCCUGACGGCGUGGUAUCCCUCAACACGCGCGUGACCGGCGUCGCCGCUGCCUCCUCGCCGGGCGCGCCCGCGGAGAUCACGCUCGAGGACGGCCGCACGCUGCGCGCGCGCGCCGCGGUGGUCGCAACGGACGGGCCGGCCGCAGCGGCCCUGCUUGGCGAGGGCACGCUGGGCAACAACGGCGGCGCUCCGGGCGUCGGGACCGCUUGCGUGUACUUCAAGGCCCCGGCUGCACCGAGCCCGGAGCCGAUUCUGUACCUCAACGCCGCGGACGACGUCCUCGUGAACAACUGCUGCUUCCCGUCGACGGUGGCGCCGUCCUACGCGCCCGCCGGGCAGGCGCUGGUGUCCUGCUCCACGGUCGGCGUGCCGGACAUGUCGGACGAGGAGCUCGCCGCAGCCGUCAAGAACGAGCUCUCUGAGUGGUUCGGAAAGGACCAGACGGACACGUGGGAGCACCUCAGGACGUACCGGAUACCCUUUUCGCAGCCAGUCCAGACCCCCCCCACGCAGCUCAUGAAGCCGGUGGAGGCCGGCGAGGGCCUGUACGUGUGCGGCGACCACAGGGACGCAGCGACGCUGGACGGCGCGCUCAAGUCCGGGCGCCGGGCCGCGGAGGCGGUGUUGCGGGGCAUGUGA